AUGAAUGAAAGUUAUCAUGAAAGUAUGAGUGAAUCAUCAACAGACGAAAAUUCAAUUAUUGCUGAUAAAAAACGAGAUUGGAAAAAACGUGUUAGAGUUAUGAAAGAACGUUUAAAAAUUCAAACUGGUACUGAAAUUUAUGACAAAGGAAUUCAUGAAUUAAUUUUAUAUCAUGGAUUAAAAGAAAUAUUUUCAACUUCUGUUAAUGGCGAUUAUUUAGAUAUUUGUUUUUCAAAAAUUUCACAAGAGUAUUUACUUUUGACAAAUAAUUUAACUAUCAAAAGAUAUACAAUACAAGGAAAAAAAAUUCAACCAUCAAUAAAUUUAUCAACAAGUAUGUCAUUUAAUAAAAUAAUAAUAUCAAAUGAUUUAUCAAUUUACAUAUGUUAUUUACAACAUGAUGAUUUAAUAUGGCUCUUGACAUUUGAUUGGAAAUUAAUACAAAUUAUUAGAAAUGAAUUUAGAGUUGAAAAUGUUUAUUAUUUAAACAAUGAAAUUAUAGUCAUUGGACCAACAAAAUCAACUAGAUAUCCAAUUGAUGAGAAUGAAAGAAAAACUUUGAGAUCAAAAAGUACAAUAAUAAUGCUGGAUAUAUCAGCUGGACCAACAUGGAAAAUUGAUUAUUCAUCACUUAUUGAUGACGAACCUCAAUAUUUAAAACUUGCUGGAUCAUAUUUAUCAUCAAUAUAUAUAGUACCACUUUAUUCAGAUAAAAAUGAAGACACAAAUGUACCAGUUGAAUUUUUAGCUAAAAAAUUGAAUGCAUCAUCAGAUAUUAUUAGUGCAAUUUAUUAUCAUCCAACAAGUCAAUGGAUUAUAACUGGUGAUCAAAAAGGAAAUGUUAUAGGAUGGAAUAUUAAGCUGGAAAUUAUGAUGAAUUGUUUUGAUGAUCAAAAAGGUACUGUUAAAUUAAUUUUAACACAUCCAUCUAUAUGUGGAUUUAUCACAUCAUCAUCAAAUAAUCGUGUUCAAGUUUGGAGCUGUAAUCUUAGAGAUAAAAUUGAGUCGUUUGAUGGUCUUGGUGAAGUUGUUAGUAUGACAUUGAAUGAAUCAUCAUCUUCACUUGCAAUACUUGGUGGAAAAUUUAAUUGCUAUCAUAUGCAUCAGCUAUAUAAUUUUUUUUCACCUCUUACAGCUGAAGUUAAACAAUUAUUUUCUACAACAAAUAUACUUUAUCCAACAAAAAUUAUUGCAUGUUGUUGUGACAAUACACAGAGUAUAUUAUCAUCUGCUAAUGGAAAACAAUUGAAUGUAAAUUUAAUUGAUAAAAAUAUUCAAAUUAUUACUCUAGCAUCUAGUGAAAUAACAGGUUGCAUAUAUAUGUUGACUAAUAAUGGAAUAUUUAUAAUAAAUUAUUUGCAAGACUAUCCCAUGAAAAUUAGAGACGUUUGGAAUGAUGAAAAAAUACAAAAUAUAACUUAUUUAGUAACAUUUGAUUAUCUCGACGAAAUUCUUGAUAAAAAUAAUAGAAAACCACUCAAUCCUAGAAUUGUUUAUCCAAUUUGUACGAGAAUUAUUGUUGGAACAAAUGAUGGAUAUUUGAUGACAAUUGAUGAAGCAAGUGGACAACUGCAACAUACUUAUAAGGCUCAUGAUGGAUCUAUUUCAAAGCUUCAUAUUUCAAUAACAACAAAAACAGUCGUAUCAAUUGGCCAAGAUAAUUAUGUUAAAAUAUGGAAAAUAUUUCCAGCGAUUGAAAAAUGUCUAGCAAUAUUAAAUUAUAUUUAUUAUACUGUUCCAAUAAAUCUUGUAUCAACAAUGGGAUCAACAGUUUGUAUCGUCAGCAACACAAAAUUAUUCAUGUAUGAUAACUAUGAAAAAAUACAAAUCCAGCAUCAUUUGUCGAAAGAUCAUACUGCUAAAAUUAUUGAUAUUGCAACAUCAGAAUAUUUAAAUAUUUGUGCAACUUCAUCACUUGAUCGUGUUAUAAAAAUUUGGGAUUGUCAUAAUGACUUGAUAAAGAUUUUACAAAUAAAUAUUAUCGCAAGAAAUAUUGUGUUUUCUUCUAAAAGUGGAGACAUUGUUUUCAAUGUUGGAAAACAUCUCUAUCGAAUUUCUCAUAAAAAUUAUUUAUCAUCAGAUUAUCGUAUGAUUGUGUCAAAUGAAAUAGUUAAUGAAGAAAAUGAUGAAUGUCAAAUAUUUGAAAAUGAAAAUGAAGAUUUAAAAAAAAUUUUACAUCCAGUAAGUAGUGUUCCACUUGGUUCACUUGAUCCAAAUUGUAAAAAUGCUCCAAGACUUGAUCUGCUAUUACAAAAAGAAAUGUGUUCUCAAUUAGAUUACAGAGAUAAAGAUAUUUUGCAAAUAAAAAAAGGUGAAAUUGAAGCUAAAAAAAAAUUGAAAAAAAAAUCAAAUAUGACGGAUGAACAGUGGGAAAAAUAUAUCAAUGAUAUACUUGGUUUAUCAAUUAAUAAAAAAAAUAAUAACAAUACUGAAUUACCUGAUGAU